AGCAAUUUCUUUUACGCGUCCAUCACUCCAGUAGGCUGUUUCCUACUUCCUUCUUUGGUGUAAAAGUAAUUCCCUGUGAGAAAUUGCUUAGAGCUGCCCCUGCAUGCCCCGAGUGGGUCCAUCACUCCAAUUGCUCUUCCCUUUCAAUAUAACUCCACUUCUUCCUUGUUAAACCAAAACACACCUUCCUAUCUCUGCUUUUGCUCUGCAUUUUGCAUUCCCCUUCCUCUUCAUCUCCUUCGAUUUCCACAGAAGAAACAAUGGCUGAGAUUGCAACCUUUUUUCUCUCUCCCCUCCUUCAAGUGUUUUAUGAAAAAAUGGCAUCUAGUGACUUUGUUGGCUUCUUUCGGCAACAAAAGCUCUCCGAUGGACUCCUAAAGAAGUUGAAGACAACAUUCCUGACCCUCAAUGCAGUGUUUGAAGAUGCGGAGGAGUUGCAAGUUACGAAGAAGCCUGCUGUGAAAGAGUGGCUUGAUGAGCUGAAAGAUGCAAUCUAUGAUGCAGAGGACGUCUUGGAUGAGAUUGCUACUGAAGCCUUGCUGAGCGAGUUGGAUGUCGAAUUUCAAGCCCCUGCAAGCAAGGUACGAAAGUUAUCCAGCUCUGUUUUUCGUAAUUCUUCUGUCAAAGAGAUAGAGCUAAAGAUAAAAGAGGUACUUGAAAGACUAGAAACUCUAGCACAACAAAUAGAUCUUUUAGGUCUAAGAGUAGGUGUUGGAGGGAAAUUAUCUGAAAGAUUGCCCACAACUUCUUUAGUUGAAGAAUCUGAUAUUUGUGGUAGGAAUGGUGAAAAGGAGGAAAUAAUUAACUUGUUGCUCGCAGAUGAUGCACGUGGCAAUGAGAUGGGUGUGAUUGCCAUAGUCGGCAUGGGGGGGAUUGGCAAGACCACCCUUGCUCAGUCUGUAUACAAUAACGACAAGGUGAAGGAGCACUUUAACAUUGAUGCAUGGGUUUGUGUUUCAGAAGAAUUUGACGUGUUCAAGAUAACGAAAACAAUUAUAGAGGUAGUAACUUUGUCAUCUUGUCAUCUCACGGAUCUAAAUCAACUUCAAUUUAGAUUAAAGGAGUGUUUAACGGGUAAGAAGUUUCUACUUGUUUUAGAUGAUGUUUGGAAUGAGACUUAUGAUCACUGGGAGACAUUAUGCAAACCCUUCAAAUAUGGGGCACAAGGAAGUAAGGUAAUUGUAACAACACGUAGUGAUCGUGUUGUAUCAAUAGCUAGAGCAAUGCCUCAUCGUCUAAUGGAGUUACCAGAAGAAGAUUGCUGGUCUCUAUUUGCAAAGCAUGCAUUCCAUGAUGGCAACUCUAAUGCACAUGGAAAGUUAGAAGUAAUAGGUAGAAAAAUCAUCAAAAAGUGCGGAGCCCUUCCAUUAGCAGUCAAGACAAUUGGUGCUCUAUUAAGAUCUAAACCAGAUGUUGAUGAAUGGGAUAAGAUAUUGAGGAGUGAAUUAUGGGAUUUGUCAAUUGAUGAGAUAGGCAAUAUUCUUCCUGCUCUAAGAUUAAGCUAUAAAUAUCUCCCAUCACAUUUAAAGCGAUGCUUUGCCUACAGCUCAAUCUUUCCAAAGGAUUAUGCUUUCAAAAAAGACCAGUUAAUCAUGUUAUGGAUGGCAAAAGGUUUUCUCCAGCAACCUAAAAACAAAACAAUGGAAGAAGUUGGUAAUGAGCAUUUCCUCGCUCUAGAAUCAAGAUCAUUAUUCCAAAAAUCUAGUGACAACAAGUCGUGUUUUAUAAUGCAUGAUCUUGUGAGUGAUUUAGCAAAAUCUAUAUCUGGAAAUUUUAUUAUAAGGUUGGAGGGUGAUUGUUCUCGUGGCAUUGUAAACAAUACUCGCCACAUGUCCUAUUUUUUCCAAGAAAAUUUUCAUAGGUUGAAAAUGUUUAAGACCCUUGACAGGGCCAAGAGGUUGCACACUUUCCUACAUUGUAAUAUGUCAGGAUACAUUUCUGGUAACUACUACUUGACUAAAAAAGUAGUACAAGAUUUGUUGCCGACACUAAGAAGCUUACGAGUGCUUUCUCUGUCAAACUACCAAAACAUUGCUGAAUUGCUAGAUUUAAUUGGCAAAUUUAAAUAUCUACGUUACUUGGACCUUUCUUCCACUAAUGUGAAAAGAUUGCCCGAUUCUAUAUGUAACUUGUGCAAUUUGCAAACAUUGAUUUUAUUAUGUUGUAUGAAGCUCACUUCAUUGCCAAGAGAUAUGCGCAAACUCGUUAGUUUAAGUCAUCUUGAUAUUACCGGAACUGGCAUAAAAGACAUGCCAAUACAACUCGGGGGAUUAAAAUGCCUCCAGACAUUGACUGAAUUUAUCGUCGGCAAAGGUAAUGGGUUGUGCAUUGGAGAGUUAAAAAAACUCACAAAUCUCCGAAGAUCUCUUUCAAUAUUGGAGCUGCAAAAUGUUGAAUCUCCUACUGAUGUUCUGAAUGCAACAAGCUUAAGGGAUAGAAAGUAUCUCGAAAAGUUGGAAUUGCGAUGGAAAUAUGAUAAUAAUUUUUCAGAAAGUCAAAGAAGUAUACUCGAUAGUCUCCAACCCCAUACAAACUUGAAAAGUCACACUAUCAAAUCCUACAGUGGUAAAAGCUUUUCAGAUUGGGUAGGGCAUCCUUCAUUCUCUAAUGUAACAUCUCUUUAUCUAGAACGUUGUACAUAUUGCAGCAGCUUGCCACCUCUUGGGCAACUACCCUCUCUGCAAAACCUCUCUAUUGUUGGGUUGGAUGAAGUUGUUAGAGUGGGUCAUGAGUUUUGUGGCAGCAGUUCUUCUUCAGUUAAGCCAUUUGGUGCCCUUAAAGUUCUUAGGUUGGCGGAGAUGCCAAAGUGGGAGGAAUGGGUUUCUUUUGGUGACGAAAAUGGAGGUGGAGCUUUUCCUCAACUUGAGAGGCUUUCUAUUUGGAACUGUCCUAAGCUAAUAGGAGAGUUGCCGGUCCAUCUUUCUUCUUUAUCCCAACUUUUUAUUGGUAAUUGUCCGCAACUAGUGGCUCCACUCCCAUUGCCUCCUACUAUUCGUGAAUUGAACCUUGCCGAGUGUAAUGAGAUGUUUUUAAAGGAAUUGCCAACCGGAAUGGAGAAGCUCGUAAUUGAAAGAUUUUAUGCCCUGGAGUCCUUACCGAAAGGAAUGAUAAACUCCAACAGCAGUCUUCAAGCGUUACAUAUCUAUGGUUGUCCUUCACUUAUGUCCCUUCCAAAUGAUGGUCUUCCCUCCGCAUUAAAAACCCUUCAUAUUAGAAAUUGUAAGAAGUUAGAGCUCUCAACACACCUGGACUAUUCAUCCCUUAAAAGACUGACUUUGCUGGGAUGUCAUUCUCUCAAGUCCUUUUCAUUAGAUUUAUUCCCAAAGCUUUAUGACAUCCAAAUCAAAGAGUGUAGCAAUCUGGAAUCUCUUACCGUUCCAGAACAUGAUUUAGUCACCUUGCAGAUUAAAAUCAGGGGUUGCCCUAAUUUUGUAUCUUUUCCAAAAGGAGGAUUGCGUGCCCCCAGCCUUACAACGUUAAACAUCAGUGAUUGUGAGAAUCUGAAAUCACUUCCUGAAAAAAUGCAAAUACUCCUUUUAUCUCUUGAGAGCUUGUAUAUAAGAUAUUGUCCAGAAGUUGAGUCAUUUCCUGAAGGGGGCUUGCCUUCCAAACUGAACUCAAUUAGCAUCAACGUUUGUGAGAAACUCAUUGCGAGUCGGAUGGGAUGGGGUUUGCAGAACCUGCCCAUUCUUAAACAUUUCUCAAUCGAUGGCAAAAAUGAAGAUUUGGAGUCUUUUCCAGAGGCACAGUUGCUGCCCACCAGUCUGACCUCUCUUUCCAUCUCUCGGUUUCCAAAUUUGAAAUCUUUGGACAAGAAGGGGCUUCAGCACCUCAUUGCUCUUGAACAAUUGGAUAUCGAGAGUUGCCCUAAGCUCAAGUUCAUGCCAGAACAGGGGUUACCUGCCUCCCUUUCUAUUCUAAAAAUCUGGUUUUGUCCUUUGUUGAAGAAAGAGUGGCAAAGUAAAAAAGGAAAAGAAUGGCGCAAGAUUGCUCACGUCGAACAGAUAUGGAUUGAUCGCAAACCGUUUGAAUAAGCUACAAGUAUAGCAAGAUUUCUCCAAUUUCGAAUGCUAUGCCCACUUCGCCGUCUAUCGUUGCUUUUAGAUUCGUUUGUUUUGGUGUUGGCCUGAAAUGGUGGAUUCUGAGAGUCCAAACGGUUCUUCACUACGGACGGCGGCGAAGUAUGGCAUCACAAAGCCAAUCUCUCUUGCCGGACCCACCGAGGCCGAUCUUCAGUGCAAUAUGGAAUUGGAAAAGGUAGACAUAACAAUUAAUUGUAAUAGUAAGUUGUGGAAAAAGCUCAACCAAGUGUCGACAGUGAGGAAAUGGAUCAAGAAGAUAAUGUGAACCACAGUGAUGAUGUGCAUGACAUUGAAAACGAGGCUCUGUGGGAUGGGAAGGAGAUUAAGAGGCACUGGUCCAAGGUAUUUGACAAAGACAUAACAUACAAAAAACCAUUUUUGGUGAAAAGGACGAACACCACCUCUCAGAUUGCCAUUGUUGGUGCUAAUGUUUGCCCCAUUGAGAGCCUUGACAAUGAGUUGUUUGAGCUGUUUAAUGGGUUACAAGACAUCUUACUAAAGCUGAUAUUGGGAAUUCGAUACCACUAUUAAAUCAUGUGUAGAGUUAAAGGAGUCGCAAGAUAGCCUUGCUCAAACAGAUGUUGCUAGAUUGCUAGUGAUGGCUAUGCAUUGUUAGAGUUAAACGAGUCUGAGAUCACUUCCUAAGAAGAUGCACAUACUCCUUUCGUCUCUUAAUGAAGUAGAUGUAAUUAUUUGUUCAGAAGUUGAGUGGUUUCUUGAAGGGGGCUUGCCUUCCAAUCUGAAAUCAAUUAACAUCUAUGCUUGUGACAAAGUCAUUGCGGGUUGAAUGGGAGGGGGUUUGCAGAACCUCUCCUUUCUUGGACAUUUGACAAUCGGUGGCAAUUCUAAAGAUGUGGAGUCCCUCCUAGAGGCAUGAUUGUUGCCCCCCAGUCUGACGUCUCUUUCCAUCUCUGGCUUUCCAAAUUUGAAAUAGAUGGACAAGAAGGGGCUUCAACACCAGAAUGUUUUUCAAGCAUUGCUUAUCUUUAGCUACCCUAAGCUCAAGUACAUGCCAGAAAAAGGGUUGCUUGCCUUGCUUUCUAUGCUACUGAUCUUGGAAUGUCCUUUGUUGAAGAAAUUGUGGCAAUGUAAAGGAGGUAAAAGGAUGGUCUAAAAUUGCUCACCUCGAAUAGAUAUGGAUUGAUGACAAAUUGAUUGAAUGAGCUACAAGGCUAGCAAGAGUCCCCAAUUUUCAGUAUAAUAUUAGCUUCUACUGUUAGAACUGAGUAAUUGAGUAUCUCUCAUGUCAUCGCCAAAACUGAUUGAGAACUGUAUAGAAGGGCCAGUUUUCAUUGUCAAUAGCAAGAGUCAUAUGCUUGGAAUCAAAUCUUGCACUAAAAGUUCAAUGAAGACCUAUGGACCUUGUGAAAUUGUUGUGCCAAAUCGACAUCAUGGGCAUUUAAGUUUCUUUUUCUUUUGUUGGAAGUGUAGGUACUGAAUUACCAUUCAGUACCUGAUCUCCUGAAAGCUGCUACAUUGGAAAAGGCUGUCUAAUAUCCAACCAGCACUAAACCAAUGGCAAGCUAGUACUGGUUUUGAUACCUUCAAUUAUCACACUGUUGAGAUGAGAAACUGAAGCUGGAUUUAGAUGGUGACAUUAUCUGUUGACGAAGUGGUGCUGGUACAUCUAAUGUGGGCAAUCGAUCGUCUUUUGCAAUUGUGGGAAGGAGUUGGGCUUUGUGCUAACAAGGAUAAUUGGUCGUGAUCAUUGCCAUCACCGUCCAAUCUUUUGCGGGUCAAGGUUACCACAAAAAAAUGAUUGAGAACUCCAGAUGAAAUUGGGGAUGCUUUGAAUCAACAAGGUACUAAAAGUUCAAUGGCAACCUAUGGAGCUUGUGAAAGUCUUGUGCCAAAUCGACAUCGUGGGCAUUUCGGUUUCUUUUUCUUUUGUUUGAAGUGUACCUGAUCUCCUGAAAGCCUCACAUGGGAAAAGUUGAGUCUCUCUCAUGUCACCGCCAAAAAUUGUUGAGAACUCCAUAGAGAAUUGGGGAUGCUCCGAAUCAACAAGGGUCACUUUUCAAUAAUAAGAGUCAUAUGCUUGGAAUCAAAUCUUGCAUCAUUCAGCCUGAAUCAAUGGAGAUUUUCACUCGUCGAUCUUGGCCAAAGAACAAUUGUUCCAUCCCUGAAUUGUUGGUGCAAUGGCUGGUCAAUCCAAAGAUGCUGCAACUUGGGAGGAGUACCACUCUCUAACACAAGCCUACCCCCACCUUCUAGGCAAGGUGCUCUAAAGAGGGGAGAAUUGUAAGGAGCUCUUCUGAGAGGGUUGAGACGUGGCAACAUAAGGAGAGAAGAUUGUUACGUGGCAUCAUAAGGGUUGAUUGUUAUGUGUCCUAGUUGUAACUCAAGUCAUUAUGUUCGUUAUAGCCGUUAUGUUUGGUAGUUGUAACUAAAUGUAUUUAUUGAUUCAGUUGAUAGGCGUAGGCGUAGG